AUGGAGUUCACGUCCAAAACACCGCCAGAGCGCCCGAUUGUGCCGACAAGUCCGGGUGAUUGGGAGGCCAAGAAGCAGAUCAUCCGCGAGCUGUACAUGGAUCAAAACAUGAUCCUCAAUGAGGUGAUGGAGAUCAUGGUGACCAAGCACAAGUUCAAAGCCACGGCCAGAAUGUACAAGGGUCAGUUUUCCAAAUGGAAAUGGACCAAGUACAACAAGUCUGGGAAGCCGGGCCCUGUCAACACGAUCACGAAAUCGAGGGUAUCCAAACGGAAGAGUCUGCUCUCCACACGAAAAUUCCCACCGAAAAAACAUGCCCUACAACGAGCAGCAGCAGCAACACAACAUCACCUUGUCCCAUCUCCCCAGCAUGCCGUCCGGUACUCCUUGCAGUAUUUCACCGACCUGGAGCGCCAACUCGAAACAACCCUCAACGCCUACGCCACGCUGAUAUCCUGCUGGGCAGAGCGCGAGACCCCAUGGCGGCCGACCAAGGACCCCAGCGCCGGUGGCCACAACAACUCUGGCGGCCAGCUCAUUACCCCGUUAACCACCUCACCUCCUCACUCGAUCCUCCAUCAGGUUUGGACAGCGCAGCAAUGUUUCCUCGCGGGACAAGCCCAACAAGGCGGUGACAUGCUCCGACUAGCCUUCUUAGCGAUUGAGAACGCUGUAGAGAACUUCUUGGACCUUGAGAGCUUGUGGGACUGCUGUCUCGCCGUGACGCAACUGGCCCUGACUACCGGCUGGACCGAUGUCCUGGGGAUCUUUGCCCGGUACCUGCACCAAUACACCUCCAUCAAACUCGGGCCUGGUCAUCCCCUUACCCACAUCGCCGCCUCUCUGCACCGUCUCGCCUGUCUUUCCCCUUCCCCUUCCUCCUCUCCGAACCCAGCCACCAAACCAAACCCACCCCGGCCCCCCAUAUCCACCUCCAGUUCCACUGAAACCAACACCAGCACCAACCCUUCCAACCACUCCGACCACCAAACUUACCUACAAACCUACCUCCACAAAUCCUGGGACCUCUGGAUCAACCACACAACCAGCAUCCGCGGUCCCCAAGACGACCUCACAAUCCACCUAAAACGCGGCUACAUAACCCUAAUUGACCGCUCUCACCCCAUGGCUCGGACCAUUCUACGCGAUUUCGCCGUCUCUCUACACUCUUCUGUGGCAUGCCACGGUAGGGUGGCUACUACGGCACGGGUACUAGAGUUGGAGGGGUUGUUGGGACGGAUGUAUUUGCCAUUGUUUACGGGGGAGAGGGGGAGAGAGGCGGAGGUGAUGUUGAGGGGGGUUGUGGGGAAGAUUUUGGAGGGUGCUAGAGAGAAGAAGCAUGAUCGGUACCUGGUGUUUAGCGCGCGGAAUUUCAUGGCGAGUAUUGCCGAGUAUGGUGGAGAUGAGGUCAAGGCGAGGCGGAAAGACUUGUUUUGGUUGCAGACGGCCGAGUUGGUGGAGGGGCGGUUGAGGGCUGCGGGAAACGAGGAUGAAGCGGAGGAGAUAAGGUGUCAGAGGGAGGUGGUGAAGAGAGCGUUAGGAUUCGGAGGGCGGUUGUUGGAGUGUUAA